GAGUGGGCUUCUUACAAACUUGGAAUAUUCAUUUGUUUGAAUUGCUCUGGAAUCCAUCGCAAUCUUCCUCAGAUCAGCAGGGUCAAAUCCCUUCGGCUUGACUUCUGGGAGAAUGAUCUUAUAGAGUUUAUGAAGCAGCAUGGGAAUCUUUGUGCCAAAGCUAAAUAUGAGGCCAAGGUCCCUCCAUACUAUUACAUCCCUCAGUCCUGUGAUUGCUUAGUCUUAAGAGAGCAGUGGAUUAGAGCUAAAUAUGAGCGUGAGGAAUUUGUUGCCACCCGAAUCUGCCAAGAUCCUUGUUCUGCAGGGAGCCGUGAAGGGUUCCUCUGGAAGCGUGGGCGGGAAAGCAGGCACUUCAAGAAGAGGCGAUUUCUUCUGUCAGCAAGGGAAGGAGUGAUGAAGUACUACACCAAAGAAUCCAGAGGUCCAAAAGCCAUUAUCAGCAUUGAGAACAUGAAUGCAAUGUUCCAGACAGAGAAAAUCCAACAUGCUCAUGGGCUGCAGAUCACAUACAGCACAGAUGGUCAAACAAGGAACCUUUUUGUCUAUCACGAAAGUGGAAAGGAGAUUGUUGACUGGUUCAAUGCCAUUCGGGCAGCACGUUACCAUUAUCUCAGAACAACCUUCCCAGCUGUCCCUGAGCCUGAGCUCAUAUCCAGGAUCACAAGAAAUUAUGUCAAAGAAGGACAUAUGGAGAAAACAGGACCAAAACAGAAGGAGGCCUUUAAGGUGCGCUGGUUCUGCCUGGAUUCUCAAGAAAGAAACUUGAUGUACUUUAAAAAUCCGCUGGACGCAUUUGCACAGGGCCAGGUCUUCAUUGGCAGGAUGGAUGAGGGAUAUGAAGUACGAGCUGGUUUGCCCCAGGGAGUCCGAAUGAAGAAAAGGAAACCAGCGAUCACUGUGGUCACACCAGUGAGAGAGUUUGUGUUCCUGUGUGAGAACGACAGGGAGCAGAGGGAGUGGAUAGAUGCCUUAAAUGGAGUCAUUGCCCAGCCUUUGACUGGUUAA